UGAUUGGAUAUCUGAUCUAAUGUCAUAAGGGCAUUGAGAACUUCUGCAUUGCUUGAGGUAUUUUGUGUCUUAAUGCACACAUCCGUUUUGGAGAGCUGCGUGGCGUUGCUUGUAUUUAGGAAUACAAAUUUUGGACUUAAAAGUCAGAAGGUGUAGGUGAAGAAGGAAGAUUUUUUUUUGUUUUUCUGAACUGAGGGUCAAAGAUACAAGCUGAAACUCGAUUUCAACUGACUGAAUUCCAGCCCUGGGCAUCAGAUUCUUCAUUAGGCAAAAUUUUGAUUUUCCAAUAAGUUGUUGCCAUGGAUACAGAUAUUAAUGAGACAUCUCCAUAUGAUAUGUAUGAAACAAUGUGGUGGGGCACCCUGGGGUCUAUUCGCCCAUAUCCAAAUUUUCAUCCAGAGAGGGACGUUUUAUACAUUCAAGCAGCUCUGGAACAGAAAGAUGUGAACACCAUUGUGGGAAUCUUAACCAAUCGAAGUAAUGCUCAAAGACAAACUCUGGCCCGGGCCUACAGGACUUUCUCACAAAAGGAGCUGAAUGCAGGUCUGAAGAAACUUCUGUCUGGUGAUCUUCAGUCUUUGAUGUUAGCUCUUAUGAUGACACCAGAACAGUUUGAAGCCCAUCGUUUGCGAAAAGCCAUGGAGGGUGCUGGUACAGAUGAAGAAACUCUUCUCGAGGUUUUGUGUACAAGGACCCCAAAGCAGCUUGCUGAGAUUACGGCUGCAUUCAAUCAAGAGUAUAAGCGAGAUUUGGAGAAAGACCUGAUCAGUGAAACCAGUGGAGAUUUUUCGAAGCUCAUUCUGGCCUUGUUGAAGAAAGAGAACAGGCACGCAGCUGUUAUCCAAGAUGUAAAAGCUUUAUCUGAGGAGCUAAAAAACAAGAAACCUGCGGCUGACAUUUGGAUCAAUAUACUUACCACAAGACACCCAGACCAUCUUAAAAAUGUGCUGUACAAACUGGAGCUUGAGAUAAACCAGACAGUGGAUAAAGCUUUAGAGGGACAUUUUAAAGGAUUUCUUUCUGGAGACCUGAAAAAGGGCUUACAGAUACUAGUACAAUGUAUACAGAACCGACCUCUAUACUUGGCCCAACGAAUCCAGAGUAUGAAACUAUCAGUGGUCCAAGGUGUGAUGGUGUCUCACAGUGAAGAAGAUCUGCUGAGCGUUAGAGUUGCAUACCUUAAGGCAACAGGGACCUCACUUUAUACUGCCUUACAGAAGCAGUUCAAAGGUGAACUCCAGCAGGCUUUGCUGGCUAUAUGCCGUGCCGAAGAUUAACACAACAAAUACACAGCAGAUGUGCGGGGUGUAUAGAUUACAACUGAUAAACAUCUGUGUACAUACACAGAGAGCAUAUUAUAUCCAUAUAAAGAGCUGUUAAACACGAGAUGUUUUGGAAAAUAACUCGUGUUAAAAUGAAAUGCAUUGUUGGCCAUUUGUCAUUUAUGAAUCCCAGCUUUAUUAUUUGACUACGAACUGAUAAGAGAUUUCUGAUCCACAAGCAUGCUGUUAAACGUGAUCCAAACUAGUUCAUGCCAUGUCAUUAGGUACAUUUGCCAUAAUUUAUGGUGGAUUUGUUUGAUUUUAGUGUUUGAGAUAUCUUCAAAAAGAGGUUGGGUUAGGAUAAGGGAUUCAGAUGUCAUUAUUCUCAGAAAACAUUCACAUUCAAAGUUCAACAUUAUGGAUUAUUUGGAUAUUGUUUAAACGCCCUUAAAUAAAAUUUAACUUUGGGCGUAAAAUGUCUACAAAUUACACAUUAUAGUUAUUGAAACAAGAAGUUUGAUUAUAAAUCAUAUGGCACGUGCAUAUAGUCACUUUGUUAAAUAAGAUUUAAAAAAAGAAGCGUGUUCAUCUAAUCAUACCAAUUUUAACCAAGGGUUGUUAAUAAUUAAAUCAAUCACUUUUCCUCAUUGACAUGUUUUUUGGCAUGACUCCACCUUUUCCACCCUCGAUUUCUGUAAUCUGGGUUUCAAUGCUGCAGGUGUGAUCAAUUUUAUCAUUCGUUUUAUUGUUUUACUGGAGCAGUCUGUGAAGAACCUCUCACCAAAGCUCACAAGAUCUAUUUUUCGUAUUAUUAUGCAUAAGAUUAUAAGAACCAGUGAAUUUAAGAUAUUCCCUAAUUUUGUUGUUUUAAAAACAAGUUCAUGAUGUCAGUACUUAGUUGUUCUCUGUUGUGAGAGAAACAUUAUUUACAAUGGCAUUAUUUUCAUGUACCGUAUGACUUUGUAAAUUGUUCAUUGAGUCGAUUGAUCUUUAACCAAAGGUUCAUGUAAAGUUUG